AUGAGUUCCGGUGUCGAAGGUAGGAUUUCACCCUCGACAAUUACAAAGGUGACGGAAUCGAACACUGAGAUUGUGAACUCUAUCUCAAAUCUUUCAAGCCGCGCUGGGUUCAAUUACUCCGGAAACGAUCAGGAUAAUAGGAAGGAAAAAAUGCAAGAACAGAUCAACAACUGUGUCACUUCUAAACAAAUCAGAACCGACAGAAAAUACUCGAAAAAACACGGGGAAGAGAAGCGCAUUGAAGGUUUAGAACAAUACAACAACGAGGAGUGUUCUCCAUGGGAUAUGCAUCGGUAUGGCGUAGUCAUUACACUGAAGAUGAACUUGUUAGCUCGAUACUCACUGAUACUCACCCGCCAAGUAAGUAUCGUGCUCGCCAAUCAGCCGGAGUUUGCUGAAGCCUUCAACUGUGCGGUCGGCACUCCGAUGAAUCCUAAAGAACGUUGCGCUGUGUGGGAUUAG